UGUAAUAGUUGAAAAAUUAAAUGUAUAAACAAAAUACCUCAAACACAAUGGAUGCAACAAAUAAUGGAGCAUCAGGAAGUGCAGUGGCUUGUCCAGUAUGUACCCUCUAUUUACGUGAGGGUAUCAGCUUACAAAGACAUUUGGACACUCAUCCAAAAGAACAAGUCAUUGAAGCUCUUAUUAAAGCUAGUACGAAUUCCUCACAUGUGCAACAGACACAGUUGUCACCAUCAGUACCUCCAACAUCUCCGGCUAUACAAUCAUCCCAAAAUGCAUCUCAAGUUGCACAGAAUAAUCAUCUAUCGGCUCAAUCUCCAUAUCCUAUAGGACCUAUUUUUGAGUGUCCACCUAUCGGUACUGUGAUGCCACCUCAGUUUGCUUCAUUUAGUUAUCAACAGUUUGUAAAUAAUGGCACUAUGAUGAUACCACAAUACGCAAUGGCUCCACAAGCUAACCAAAUGAUGCAAAUGCUGUAUAAUCCAUACGGUAUGUACCAGCAACAACAAAUACCAACUGUUCAAAUGAUUUCACCAGUUUCAGCCCUACCUAACACAGGUAGAGGUAGAUCAGUGGUAACUAUGGCUGGUGAAACAAAUGGUAGGACUGCCAUUGCCGUACCUGUAAAUAAUUUCGAGCCAAAACAAAUUUUACCUGAGAUUUUACCUGAAUCAGAACAGGAGUCUGAACAAGUGUUACCAGAUAUCAAUCUUCCAGUUUCUCCCCCAUCAUUAAAUGAAGAUAAUUCUAUGCAGCAAAAUGAAAGUGAAACUAGUACAAUUCAAAUAGAACAAGAAGAAGAUGAACCCCCUAGUUCAAGUACUCCAGAGCAGCGUACUGUGCAAAAUGAAUAUGAUAGCAUUCCAAGAUCAUUGGCAAUUACUUGUAAUGUCGAUGAUACUACUGAUGAUAAAGUUGAGAGUGUAUUGCCGGAUAUUGACAAUGGAGAAUCAUCAUGUGUUGUUACUACAGAUGUGCAGUGUAAGUCUAUUCAUUAUGAAUCAUCAGAAAUUCAAGAGUAUGUACACAGAUAUGAAGAUGAUGAUGAUGAUAACAAUAAAGUUAUUGUGUCUGAAGUAUCACAAAUGGUAACGGAAAAUGAGAGAGAGAAAGCAACUAAUGAAAAAGUUCCUCACAGAGAAGAAGUAAGUGAAAAUGAAGGUACCUCAGCAGAAAUGCCCUUAGAAGAUGCAGUAAAGGCACCAGCUCAGCCUGAAGUAGAACAAUUAGAGCAUCUUUUAAUCACUAUUAUGGAAAAUGAAUUUAAUAAAACACCACAGAAAGAAUCCAAUUUUGAAGAUGGUAGAAAGAAGAGUAAAGAUACAAAGAAAAGUCCUUCUGAUAGGGCAGAAAGUGUAAUUCAUGAAACAACUAAUAGUAAUCCUAUUGAACACGAAAACGGUUGUAAAUCUGAUAUAAAAAUAAAAGUUAGUCAAUGUUCAGAAAUUGAUGUAGUAGAGCACGAAGAAAAUAAGAGUUCUUGUUUUUCGUACCACUAUAAAAACAGUUUAUCUGCACCUUCAUCACCUGUUGUACAAAGAAGAUCUCAUAGAACUUACUCUGUUCGUUCAGAAUUUGGUUCAAAUGAAAAUCUUAAUUUUUAUUCAAUUGGUUUUGAUGCUAAUACGAUGCAAGAUGAAGAUGAUGAAGAUGAGAAAAAUGAAGCAGAAGAUAAUUUUGAUGAGGCAGAUAUGGAAAUAGAAGAAAUUCCUAGCCCACAUACUCCUUUUACUAAAUAUGGUGAGAGUACAGAAAAUAUUAGAUCACAUACUCCAUUGUCUGCAAGUAGUGGUAUUUCUGUACUAAGAGUUAGAAAGGAUCUUAGUAAACCAUGUUCACCUGCUUCAGUGCAUUCAUUUUGUCAUAUGGAUACUAAUGGUAUAAGUCACGAUGAAGAAAGUAAUAUAGCAAUGGAUGAAUCACCAGAAAAGGAUCCUAUUGAUUGUUCCCUGGUUGAACAAGAUGUAAAAACCGAUCAAUCAGAACUUUCCUUAUGUAAAAAUGAGAAAAAUAUAGAAGGAAAUUCUGCAUAUCAAUCUGGAAUUACUGAACAUAUGAGUUCAUUUCCUACAAUUCAUUCACAGCAUUCUCAACAAUCAACAUCAAUGGAUGAGACAUAUAAUAUGCCAAGUAAAAGUAAUAAUCAUGUAAAUUUAUCAGAAUCUAGUGAUAUUGCAAGUAGUUCUGAUUCAAAAAGCUUUCAUUUGUCUAAAUCCAUUAUACAAAAGCAAUCAGUGGAACUACUUAGUUUAAAUGAAGAUGCCCAUGCAGGUCCAAUGAAUGUAUUUGAAUUUGAUGGGCUUCAAAUCUUAGUUCCUAGUACAUUUAUAAGUGAUUCUUCUCAAAAAGCAGUUAGUGGAACCAGCCAACAGUCUAUGGCAAGUAGUGAAGGUGGAAUAGGUGUAGAUGAAGAAGUUAAAAGCAUUAAUAUGAGAGCUGAUGAAACUAUGCCACCCAGAGGUGAAUUAUCAGAACAGGAAAGCAAUGGAUGUACAGAACAAUCUGCUUGGCAGUUGUAUGCUGGUCAAGAAUCAUCACGGAUGUCAACAUCUUAUGAUUUAAUGGCACGUGAAAGUUGGGAAGAAUCAGAUGGAUCAGACAAUGAAAUUGCAGUCCCACUAUUAGAUAGCAGGUCUUUAGCUACACAUUUUACAUCAAGUUUAUUUUUAGAUCGAGAUAGGAAAACUCCUACAAAAAGAACGUUCAAAUGUUAUCAUUGCCCUGAAGUAUUUGAUUGUCCGAAAGAACGCCGGGUACAUAGUACCACCGCGCACAAAGAAGCUGGACCGAGUAGCAGUAGAGAAUCUACAGAUCAACCUGAAGUAAAGGAUAUUAAGUUGCUGGAUGGCCGUAUGAAUGUGUUUGAAGAUAUUUUUGUACCAGGUUUACAUGUUCAACAAGUUUAUCAUCAACAACCACUGUUACAUCAACUUCAACCACCACAAUCAUCAGAUGUAACUACAAAAGUAGAAUCUGAUCAAAAAAUUGAAACAUUAGUAAUACCAUCAAAUAUUGAAGUGAUUUGCACGCUUUGCAAUCAAAGAUUUAGUAGUGAAAAAUCAUUACAGUUGCAUCAUAGAAGAGUACAUAUUACAGAAACAACCAAACGAAUUCGCGAGAGCACCAAGUGCCAGAUAUGUCAUGAAGAAUUUCCUUCGGUUUUGUUAUUCAAUGCCCAUUUAAAAAUACACCCAUUAGAAUGUAGCCAAUGCGGAAAGUAUUUUUAUAGAAAACAAAAUUUCAAAUUACAUAUGAAACGACAUUUAGGAAUUAAACCAUUUCCAUGUACUGUUUGUGACAAAGCAUUUUUAACAAAGCAGAAAUUGGAUGAACAUACUAAUGGUCAUACUGGGAAUGCACCUGUUAAAUGUAAUCUUUGCAAUGAAACAUUUCGUAGAUAUUCAAAUUUAACACAGCACAAAAAUAGACAUCAUUUGAAUAUAAAAAAAAAAUUAAAAGAUUACAUAUGUCAUUGUGGUGAGGUUUUUCAUACAAAAAAGAAGUUAGCUUGGCAUAAAGAAACACAUGAUGAAAAACCUAAAGCAUGUACAUAUUGUAAUGAAAGAUUCAUUCACAUGGCCAGCCUGACUAGACAUAUGCGCCGAGCUCAUAACAAAAGAUUCGUUCCAGAUGCUCAAAGAGAGAGCGAAAAUGUUGAAUGUCCCGUAUGUAAGUGUAUUUAUUUGCGAUCUUCCUUAGCAGUGCAUAUGCGAGUUCAUAAUGGUGAGAGACCAUAUGAAUGUCAAGUUUGCUCUAAAGCAUUUAGUACUAAGUGGAACUUACAAUUGCACAAAUGGACUCACGCUGCCCGUAGCACCAAACCUUUCAAGUGUAACCAGUGUAGUGGUGCAUUUUACCGACACAGUGAUUAUACUGCUCAUAUGAAUUCUCACAGAAACGUGCGUCCUUAUACCUGUAACUAUUGCGGAGCGCAGUUCAUACGAAAAUAUAAUUGUUUAAGGCAUGUAAAAGAACAUGAAGAAAACAAAGCGUAUACAUGCGAUGUUUGCAACAAAACUUUUCAUAGAUCGUAUUAUCUAAAAGAACAUUUGCGAGUACAUUCAGGUGCCAGACCAUAUACAUGUCAUAUUUGUGGGAAAUCUAGUGGUACGAAAUCCAAUCAUAACAAACAUGUCAGAAUUCAUCAUGCACGAGAACCUGUAAAUACCGAAAAUUAAAAAACGA